AUGAACACGGCCACGGUGACGAGCCUCGAGAGCUCAACCACCACCUCGUCCCUACGCAACGCACACAAUGGCAGCUCCAACCCGAAGGAGGCCGCCGAGCCAACCACAUCCGAGAAGCAACGCACGACUGAUGAGCUGAGGAGGGCGGUCCAGCGGAAGUACAGACACGUUGCUGCCGUCCACCACAGGUCUCGCCCUUCCACUUUGAGCCACGACUCUAAUGCUGCUCCGAGUUUUAUUGGUUUCAGGAACCUAAUGUAUGGAGUGUUGAUCUGUGUUCGCUGCCACGAUUUCCGUCGGCAAGAUCUUGCGCUGGGCUUGGGCUUAUACCUCCUCAUCCCUUGCCAUCUGUUUGCCGCAUACUUGAUUGAACUUGCCGCCGCUCAACAAGCAAGGGGCUUGCGAUCAAAGUCAAAGGAUGGAGCCGCCAGCCCGACACACGACCAACGCGCACGAUUCAACUCUACAUGGAUGAUCAUUGCUUGGAUUCACACCGUAAACAUCACGCUUGCUCUCGCUGUGACGUCCUACGUCGUCUACUUCCACAUCCACCAUCCCUUGAUCGGUACCCUAACUGAGCUUCAUGCCAUCAUCGUUUGGCUCAAGACGGCAUCGUACGCCUUCACGAACCGAGACUUGCGACAUGCCUACCUGCACCCCGUCAAGGGCGAGCUGGCCGCCAUGCCCGAGAUCUAUCAGCAGUGCCCCUACCCGCAAAACAUUACGAUGCACAACCUGGCCUACUUCUGGUGGGCACCGACCCUGGUCUACCAGCCGGCUUACCCGAGAACGGACAAGAUCAGAUGGUUGUUUGUCGCUAAGCGCAUGGCAGAAGUCUUUGGUCUGGGCGUCUUCAUCUGGUUCGCCAGUGCUCAGUACGCCGCCCCGGUCUUGAUUAACUCUCUGGACAAGAUCGCGUCCCUGGAUGUCCCGAAGAUUCUUGAGCGGCUGAUGAAGCUUUCAACCAUUUCCUUGGUCAUCUGGCUCGCUGGAUUCUUCGCUCUGUUCCAGUCUUUUCUCAACGCACUUGCGGAAGUGACUUGCUUUGGCGACCGGUGCUUCUACGAGGACUGGUGGAACAGCGAAAGUCUGGGUGCGUACUGGCGUCUCUGGAACAAGCCUGUGUACCAGUACUUCAAGCGUCACGUCUACUCACCCCUGAUCGGUCGAGGAUGGAGUCCCAGGGCUGCCCAGCUGGCAGUCUUCUUCGCCUCGGCAGUUCUCCACGAGGUACUCGUGGGCAUCCCAACUCACAACAUUAUUGGUGUUGCUUUCGCCGGCAUGUUCUUACAACUUCCUCUGAUCGCCAUCACCACUCCCCUCGAGAAGAUGCAGACCCCAACAGGCCGCAUGCUUGGCAACUGCAUCUUCUGGGUUUCUUUCACCAUUCUGGGCCAGCCGUUCGCUGCCUUGAUGUACUUUUACGCUUGGCAGGCAAAAUACGGUAGCGUGAGCAGACAGAUAGCGUGGUCGUCUGCAUCAAGCUCGUAA